AUGGAAAAAAGGACAGCUAUCGAUCAAAGUGCUAAUCCGGCUAAGAAAGGGAAAUUUUCUUGUCCGCAUUGUGACAAAUCUUUUGAGCACAAAAAGACUUUGAAUAGACAUAUAGUCAGUCAUGACAGUUCUCGAUUCACAUGUGAUGUAUGUAGCAAAGACUUCACGAGGAAAGAUCGGCUUACGAGGCAUAAGAAGGUUCAUGGAAAACCACUACAUAUAUGUUGUGGAAAAUCAUUCUGGAGGGCUGACAAAUACCGUGAACAUUUCAAAACACACAACAAAUGUCAAUAUGGGGGAGCGUUGGAAAUAGCCGAACACCAAAACAAAGAGAAUGCCCAACCGUCAAAGGAUCAACCAGUAACACUGACCAAAGUAAAUACAGGGAUGGCAAACCACUCGGCAAACCCAAACAUACAAGUUAAUCAGCCAACGGAAAAGGACGAAUGUUCAGAGAAGGCGCUUGGCGGAACUUUUAAAGUAGUCACUCUACCUGUCGACGGUAUAGGUAGAUUAGACCCAAUGGUGUUACUCAAACAUCAGCAUGACGUUAUCAAAAAGAAACUGGAGAGAGCGAUUGUCCAUGGAGGUUUGAAAUGGUACUUAUCGAUCCAAGUACAAUUUUCCAAGCCAGGGGGAGAAACUAUGGAACGCGUUACACCCCAUUUCCGAGGACGUUGCCAGAUUACAUUAAAACCAACAGACAUCGAUGAAGGCUUGAGAGAAUCUGUCAAGAAGAUGUACGAAUACCAGAGACAGGGAAGCAACUGGACAUUGGACAAGGUGCUCCAAAUACAAAUACAUAUGAGCAAAUACAGUCCUCUCAAAGGAUCCAGCUAUAUCCCCCUACCAAUCAAGCUGAGGUCUAAGCAUGCUAUCAUCAAUAUUCAAAACAAGGAUAAGAAAUGUUUCAUGUGGUCGGUUUUAGCUGCUUUGCACCCAGCCAAGAAAGAUUCACAGCGUGUUGCUAAAUACACAGAUUAUCAAGGUGAACUCGAUUUCACUGGUAUUUCAUUCCCCGUCAAAGAAGCCGACCUCAGCAAGUUCGAGACGGGAAACAAGAUCAGCAUCAAUGUCUUAGGAUACGAAAAGGGUUCGUUAUUCCCGAUCCACGCGACAAAACAAAGGUUUGACCUACACGUAAAUUUACUGCUCAUGUCGGAUGGACGUAAGUCUCACUACUGCUGGAUCAAGGAUAUGGGUCGGCUUCUGAAUGACCGGUAUUCCCACAGACAUAGAUAUUACCAUUGCAUGUAUUGCCUGCAAGGGUUUACCAAGGAACGAAUUCUAAAUGACCAUAUCUCAUACUGUCGUGAGCACGGGACCCAUAAAGUGAAGCUACCUUCAGAAGAGGAUAAAUGGUUGUUCUACAAGGAUGUCAGAAAACAAUUAAAGGUGCCAUACAUCAUAUAUGCAGACUUCGAGUCAUUUCAAGUGCCUAUACAUGGAUGUGAGGUUGACCCGCAAAAAUCACAUACUGAGAAGACCACCCAACAUAUUCCUUCUAGUUUCGCUUACAAAGUUGUAGGUCUUACAAAAGAGACUUCCAACAAUCCAGUGAUUUAUAGAGGACCAGAUGUGGCGGAGAACUUUAUAGAAUGUAUGCUGAGAGAGCAGGAAGAAAUCGAACAACGCUUCAAGCAUGUCGAGCCGAUGAUCAUGACAGGUUGUGAUUGGCAAUCAUUCAAGAGUGCAACUAUAUGUCACAUUUGUGGAAAAGGGAUGGGCGAUGAUAGAGUGCGGGAUCAUUGCCACGUGACGGGAGCAUUCAGGGGAGCAGCUCACAACGAAUGUAACAUAAACUACAAGUUUACAGGACGGAUUCCGGUCGUAUUUCACAAUCUGAGGGGUUACGAUUCCCAUCUCAUCAUGCAAGCAAUAGGAAAGGUGUCUGAUAAAGAAAUCAAAUGUAUUCCAAAUAACAUGGAGAAGUACAUAUCUUUCUCCAUGGGAUGUAUGGACUUUAUCGACAGUUUCAAGUUUAUGGGAACAUCACUGGAGAAACUAAUCGGAAAUUUAUCUGCAGAGGGUAAGGACAAGUUCUCACACAUGACGCAACAUUUUAGUGACGAGAAAAUCGAACUCCUCCUUCAAAAGCAAGUAUACCCCUACGACUAUUUUGAUGGCCCCCACCGGUUUCGAGAGACCAGUCUCCCUCCAAAGGAAGCGUUUCGCAGCAGUCUGACGGGGGAGGAUGUAUCAGAAGAAAAGUACCACCACGCAUACAAAGUCUGGAAAGAAUUAGGUAUACAAAAUCUUGGUGAAUAUUCAGACAUAUACGUGUUGACAGAUGUUCUAGGUCUCGCCGAUGUAUUUGAAAACUUUCGAAAUUUAUGUCUGGAAUCCUAUGGCCUCGAUGCAGCUCAUUUUUACACUGCUCCCGGUCUGGCAUGGCAAGCAGCUCUAAAAAUGACAAAUGUCAGACUCGAACUGCUUACCGACAUCGACCAGCACUUGUUCAUUGAGGAAGGCUUGAGAGGAGGCAUAUCCAUGAUAAGUCACCGAUUUGCUGAGGCCAACAAUCCCUACGUCCCAGGAUAUAACCCAAUGAAACCAACAGAAUACAUCACCUACUUGGAUGCAAACAAUUUGUAUGGCUGGGCCAUGUCUCAAUACCUGCCGACUCAUGAUUUCGUCUGGCUCACCGAUAGUGAAAAGGACAUGCUUGAUAUCACGAUGGUUACCGAUGAUGCGAACCGUGGAUAUAUACUGGAAGUAGACUUAGAGUAUCCUACAGAACUUUACGACCUACACAAUGAAUAUCCACUAGCCCCCGAACGAGUAACCGUUGAAAAAGAUGAAUUGUCUGACUAUAGUAAGACAUUGUUUAGGGAACUGGCACAAUGUGGAAAUCCACAUGAUUGCUUGGACCAUUACAACUCAGCACAGAAACUCGUCCCAAACCUUAAAAACAAGGUAAAAUAUGUGGUACACUAUAGAAACUUAAAACAAUACCUUUCACUUGGAAUGAAACUUACAAAAGUCCACAGAGUGUUAACCUUCGAGCAGGCGCCAUGGUUGAAGACUUAUAUAGAUUACAACACGGAGAAAAGGAAACAAUCUCGAAACAAUUUCGAGAAAGAUUUCUAUAAGUUAAUGAACAACAGCGUGUUUGGCAAGACCAUGGAGAACUUAAGAAAGAGAAUGGACGUCAAGCUUGUAAACAGUGAGAAGAAGGCAAUGAAACUAACCUGCAAACCCACAUUCCACGAGUUCAGAAUUUUCUCUGAAGAUUUAGUCGGUGUUCACAUGUUGAAACAGAAAUUGUAUCUGAAUCGACCAAUCUACGUCGGAUUCAGCAUCCUGGACAUCUCAAAAACCUUGAUGUAUGAUUUUCAUUACAAUUACAUCAAACGGAAAUUUGGAUCUAAUGCCCGCCUUCUCUUUACCGAUACCGACAGUCUAGCAUAUACUAUUCAGACCGACGAUUUCUACCAACAUAUGUUAGAGGACAGUGAUUUAUUCGAUACAUCGGAGUUCAGGAAAGACAAUCCCCUCUACAGUACAAAAAAUAAGAAAGUACUAGGCAAAAUGAAAGAUGAAACUCAUGGCGAUGCGAUCCAUGCCUUUGCUGGGCUCAAAUCAAAGAUGUACGCAUAUACAUACAAUAGUAUGAACAAUAUUGAUGGUACAGAAGUGAUAACACACGUAGAAUCAAAGAAGGCGAAAGGUAUCAAAAAGUAUGUUAUUGAAAACCACACUCGUUUCGAGCAGUACAAGGAAUGUCUUCUUCAAAACAGAAUUAUCAUGUCUCACAUGAAUCAGAUCAGAAGUUUCAAACACCAAAUCUAUAACAUAUCUAUGACUAAAAUAGGCCUCUCACCAUUCGACGACAAGCGAUAUCUGCUAAACGAUGGGAUUACUAGCUAUGCGUACGGUCAUUGGAGGAUACAAAGUUAG